UUUAUUCGAAAUAUGUCUUUGAUUGUACGAAAUAUAUCAAGCAUUAGAGAAGAAUGGAGAUAACUAAUGAAAAAGAAGAUUAAAAAAACAAAAAGAAAGAAUUAAUAUACUUUACCAUAUAAGUUUGAUGAUGAAAUUUAGGACGUUAAAUAAAAAGAUGAUUCAUUGCUAAUUGUUUAAAAUAUUCCAUCAACCAUACCAAAUAAUAAUGUUUUUAGAUUAAAGACAAAUAUCUAAUUCUCUUUAGAGAUAAGCAAAGAUUAUUCAUUGGGUUAACUCUUUGUUGAUCCUCAUUCAAACAAUUAUAAAAUAGUUAGGAUAGAUAAAAGGAAAAACCUCAUAAUAUUAACAUUAGAUUAAAUAGAUAGACCUAUUACUCCACCAGAAGUUUUGUAUUCUAUUUUUAGAGAUAGAAGCUCUGAAUUGGCCAAAGCAUUUAUGUAAUAUAAUAAUAGAAACCUUGAUCCAACUAAAUGCAAAUAGCAUACAAUGUAAGAAAUGGUAGAUUUUGAAUCAAAAAUUUAAGGAAAGCCUUAUGCAGUUUAUGUGAAUACUUAUAAAGAUGGCAUAUGGAAAACAUUUUAAAAGAUUUUUAAUCAAGAAUAACUCAAAAUUUAUGCAAUAUCAGAGGAGAUGCUUUUUCAUUAUUGUAACGAAACCAAACUUAUCCCUGUAAGUGCCUUUUUUGAUCAAAAUGAUAAAUAGUUGAAUGUAUUUUACAAAAUGUUUAAAGGUAUUGUUGGUUAAUAAUCAAUAAAAAGAGAUUAUAUAAAUUACAAUGGAGAGCAAUUUACUGCUUCACUCAUAGUUUAAUGUUUCUUUAUUUAUGAUAAAGAAAAAGAUAUACUCUUUGAUUAUACAUACUUUGUGACUGAUUGUGAUUAAUAAUGGCUAUCUGAAAUGAAAGUGAAAUAAAAUGAGUUGGAUUAUUUUAAUAUAAAACCUAAUUCUUGUUCAACUGAAGAAUCCUCCUUUUAAGAGCAAUUAAAGAGAUGCGGAUUCAAAGUUUUGAAUUAGAAAUGA